AUGGCGUCGCUUGUGCGCUAUGACAACCCCGUGCUGGUUGUCACCAGCAAGCAGGGGCCGAAGCCGGGCAUGGGGAGGAAGAAGGAGCUGGCACCGAUUGAAGGCAAGGGCGUGACGCAAACUGAGGACAUUCUGAACUCCAUCCUGCCCCCGAGGGAGUGGACGGAGGAGGGCCAGCUGUGGGUCCAGUACGUGAGCAGUACACCCGCCACCCGCCUGGACGUGAUCAACCUCCAGGAGAGGCUGGACCAGCAGCUGCAGCAGCGCCAGGCACGUGAGACGGGCAUCUGCCCCGUCCGCGAGGAGCUAUACGGCCAGACGUUCGAUGAGAUCAUCCGCCAGGUCACGAUCAACUGCGCGGAGCGCGGGCUGCUGUUGCUGCGCGUGCGCGACGAGAUGCGCAUGACCAUCAGCGCAUACCAGACGCUGUACGAGUCGGCGUGCGCGUUCGGCAUGCGCAAGGCGCUGCAGGCGGAGCAGGGCAGAAACGAGCUGGAGGCGCGCAUCGACACGCUGGAGGGCGAGAACGGGGACCUGCAGCGGCAGGUGACGGAGCUGCGCAUGAAGUGCGAGCAGAUCGAGAAGCGCGAGGCGGAGCGGCGCGAGGCGGAGGCGCGGAAGCACCGCGAGGACAUCACGUACUACGAGAACCACGUGAAGCAGCUCAAGCAGCAGCUCGACCAGUUCCUGACCAGCCAGAAGAAGGCGAGCUGA